GAGGAGCUGAAAGAGAAGCGUGCCUGGGAUCUCGCCAUCUCGCCAGCGAAGUCUUUACCGAUGCAGGCUUUCAUGCUGUACAUGUCCGGCGGCGGCGUCCAGAUAUUCAGCAUGGGCAUCGUCUUUAUGCUCUUGCUCUCGCCUUUCAAGAAUCUUGCCGCCAUCAAUGACGCCUUUGCCUCCUUCGCUCCCUCGAAUGCGAACCCGAAGUCGCUCAGCACUCUCACGCUUCAGAAGCUGGCCUACGUUGCUUGCAACAUCCUCACGCUGGCUCUUGGACUAUGGAAAUGCAGAAGUAUGGGUUUGUUACCUACCGGAACUGGUGACUGGCUUGCGUUCGAAACACGAGGUUCUGUGAGUGGUCAAAUUGACACAUCACCGGAUGUCCACUGA